AUGGAAGCGUGGUUGAAGCCACAGCAACCUGUCGAUGCUCAGGUGCCCUCGCAGGAAGAAGACCAUAGUUUGCCAAACGGCGGUGAACAAGGAGCGUUCACCAGCGACCAGUUUCCCGGGGACCAAAAGCUCAAGGCUUCGGCAGCGGGUAUUGGCUCGUCCAAGUUAUCGGUUCAGGAUGUUGACCCUGUAGGUUUCGCUGGUUCAACUGACACAGUACAAGCACUGUUUGACGACCCACUCUUCGAUUCCGAGGCUGUGCUUCGCGAGCUUGAUGCGGCCUUUGCGUCUCGAAAACGAGCUGGCGACGAGGCCUUUCCAGAGCUUGAUUUCUGGGGCCCACCAGAAAAGAGACGACUAGUUGAGUCACAACAAGACCACUGUGUUCCUUCUCCUGGUGGAACGCCUCCCUUGUCUUCUCCCGACUCUUCUCACCAGCCGGAACAAGGUGGAACCGCUCCCCAUACACCAGGAAUAGAGAGACUUCAGUCACCCAAUCCACUUUUUGACUCUUUGGAUGCCCUGUUCGAGGAUCCAGAUUUUAAUGUUCCUUUGAUACCUGAUGAUGAGCUCCCAGCAGAUUUCGAACUUGAGCCACCCCUUGCACAAGGCGACCAAAUCAGCCAUGAACCUUCGAGUCAUGAACCGGCAGACAGCAAUGGAAACGAGCAACAUCUUUUUGAACUCCUUGACAACUCAAUAUCAAAGGAGCCUUCUGUCAGCCAACUUACUAAAGACCGAUUUUCUCUCGACUCUUCGGAUUUGGCGUCUAAUAUUAGCCGAGAAAUGUUACAACGAAUUCAUCAAGAACCAGAAUACACGUCCCCUUAUCCACAAUAUGGAGGACCUCUAGGUUAUCUUCCGUCAGCACCACAUCUCCACGUCAAAUACAUUGAAGUUGCAGAUGACCGAAUGAGUUAUCGCGUCUCCAGCCUGAAGGAAAAGAUAUAUCAUCUCACCUGUGAGCGGAACAAGUACAAAAAUGCUUGGUUUGAGUGGACUACUAUAGACCCUGUGACGGGCAAGACCAGAGAGCAACUGCUACGCGAAGAGAAUGCCAUGCUUCGACGUGUUUCCAGCCAACACCAGAACCGUGUUGAGCAGUACAAGAGAGAGGCAACAGAGUGGAAAAACAAGCUACAUGAUCUUGGCACAAUCUACAACAACCUUCUCUACGAGAUCCACGUUCAGAAGCAAGUGCCUGCAGUUGCCCCGGUCCCGGAUUCAUACAAGCCUCCACGCACCUCGCAAGCCCAGGGACACCCUCUCACGCCGAAUUCCCACCCUGUUACUCCGGCACCCUCAGGAGACAUGCAGCCUGCUAGGCAAGGCUCUCAACCCCUUCCUCCCCAAUGCAUACCAUCAGGCGCCUCCGAUGUCCACGAGAGUCAACAGCCUGCUAGUUCAGCAACAGAACGCGACUCGACCCCAGUCACGAUUGAUUUGACAGACGAGAUGGCGAACAAACCUGCUCCCCCGGAACCCUCUACGGAAGGAGGCCAGCGCCGCAUGGAGAUGCUCCAGUCCCUACGAAACAAGAAAUAUGGCUGGCUCGAGACCGGACAGACGGGGCAUGAUUUUCGUACAUUGAGUUCGCAAUCUCCACGACCCCAGCAAGAUACUAGAACCUUAGUUGAGCGGAGUCACAGUGAUCCUCCAGAUCACUCAGCUGCCCAGGACGACCCCAUCGAUGAUGACGACGAGUUAGCUCGUGCGAUGGAGGCGGAACUGGCCGAAGCUUAA